ACUCGCAGGUCGUGGUGUCGAGCGCCGACUUCCUACAACCAAGCUAGGUGAAGGCCCCGCUGGUCGCGGCGCAGUCUCGGUAGACGACAUGAGUUUGGCUGGGGGUCGGGCCCCCCGGAAGACAGCUGGAAACCGGCUUUCUGGGCUCCUAGAGGCAGAGGAGGAAGAUGAGUUCUACCAGACGACUUAUGGGGGUUUCACAGAGGAAUCCGGAGAUGAUGAGUAUCAAGGAGACCAGUCAGACACAGAGGAUGAGGUAGACUCGGACUUCGACAUUGAUGAAGGGGAUGAGCCCUCCAGUGAUGGAGAAACGGAAGAACCUAGAAGGAAGCGGCGCAUAGUCACCAAAGCCUAUAAGGAGCCUCUAAAAAGCUUGAGGCCUCGAAAGGUCAGCACACCAGCUGGAAGUGCUCAGAAGGCCCGAGAGGAGAAGGCUCUGCUGCCACUAGAACUACAGGACGAUGGCUGUGACAGUCGGAAGUCCAUGCGUCAGUCUACAGCUGAACACACACGACAAACAUUCCUCCGGGUACAGGAGAGGCAGGGCCAGUCACGGCGGCGGAAAGGGCCCCACUGUGAGCGACCCCUGACCCAAGAAGAGCUGCUCAGGGAGGCCAAGAUCACAGAAGAGCUCAAUUUACGUUCUCUGGAGACGUAUGAGCGGCUUGAGGCUGACAAAAAGAAACAGGUUCAUAAGAAGCGAAAGUGCCCUGGGCCCAUAAUCACCUACCAUUCCGUGACAGUGCCACUUGUUGGGGAGCUGGGUCCCAAGGAGGAGAAUGUGGACGUAGAAGGACUUGAUCCGGCUCCGACGGCUUCUGCGUUGACUUCGCAUGCUGUGACUGGACCUGUGAUCCCUCCUGCUCAUUGCUCCCGGACCUUCAUCACAUUUAGUGAUGAUGCAACAUUUGAGGAAUGGUUCCCCCAAGGGCGACCCCCAAAGGUCCCCAUUCGGGAGGUCUGCCCCGUGACUCAUCGUCCAGCUCUAUACCGGGACCCUGUCACUGACAUACCCUACGCUACUGCACGGGCCUUCAAGAUCAUCCGUGAGGCCUACAAGAAGUACAUCACUGCCCACGGACUGCCGCCCACUGCUUCAUCCCUAGGCCCUGGGCCCCCACCUCCCGAGCCCCUUCCUGGCACGGGGCCCCGAGCCUUGCGCCAGAAAAUUGUCAUCAAGUGAAGAGAUGUCCAGUCCUGAGAAACCACUUUUCUGCCCUGACUCGGGGCUCUUGACCUUCCUUCUACUCUCCCUGCUUCUCUCACUUGUCAUUUCUGAUCUUUUCCCAGUCCUUUUCUAUAUUUCUUUUCCCAUCUAUUCUCCUGGUUUCUACUGGUUUUGUUAUAUUUUUUAAUCUAAUAAAAAUGGGAUGGUCCUUUU